AUGAACAAACAGGACUAUGAUUCAUACGAAAUUGAGGAGCCGAGUGACGAGGAGCGGGCGGAGAGCAGCUCGGAGGAUGAAUUGGAUGUGUUGUUGAACGGGACGCUGCAGCAGAAAAAGAAGCUUCUUCGCGAGUAUCUGACUGGAGAGAGCGAGUCGUCGAGCGCAGACGAGUUUGAGAAGGAGAUGGAGGAGGAGCUUAGCAGCACCAUGAAGAGCAUGGAGGGGACCUGGGCUCCUGGCGGAGCAGCUCCAGGUGCUACGGGGGCCACAGCUCCAGGCGGGGAAGCAGCUAGAGCCUCUGAUGCAGCGAACCCUGAGAUGUACGACAAGAUUUACUUUGACUCGGACUCCGAGGAGGAUGACGCGGCCGGUAGCUCCAAUGGACGGAAGCGGAGCCAGCGCACCGUUCUGACCAAUGAUGAGCUUCUGUACGACCCAGAUGAAGACGACCGGGACCAAGCCUGGGCGGACAACAAGAGGAAGCAGUACCAGCGACGCCGGCCCCCUGGUGGAGGAGCAGCGUCGGCGCGCUCUCGAGGCGGUUGCAGCAGUGACGCAGUGUUGAACUGUCCGGCCUGUAUGACCACUCUGUGUCUGGACUGUCAGAGGCACGAAAAGUACCGCACUCAGUACAGAGCCAUGUUUGUGAUGAACUGCAACGUGAAGAAAGACGAGGUCCUUCGAUACAAGACCCAACCAGACCCUCGCAAGUUCCGGAAUCGCCGCAAACGCAAAGCUCCAGGGACCGCACCAGUACUGAACCAGGACCAGGGACUUAGCCAGGACCAGGCCCGUAGACCCCAGGGCCUGGACUUGGAGGAGGUCUACCACCCAGUCCAAUGCUCUGAAUGCUCCACAGAAGUUGCAGUUUACGACAAAGAUGAAGUGUAUCAUUUCUUCAACAUCCUGGCGAGUCACUGCUAA